AUCACUUCUGGGUUGGAAGUGACGUUUAUUUCCUCCUAGCCAAUGAUUAUCCUCGAUCCCAGAAUGCAUUGCAUCACAAACUACAGGCGCGACCGUUGAACACGUAUUAUAGUCAAAUACUCAAACUUCGUAAAAUAGUGAAUCUUGGAGUUAAAGAAGCGAGUUAUGACCACAAGCAACAACAAAUGCUCAGUUCUUCAAGAUGUUGUUGCCUAUGUUGAUGUGUGGUCAUCAGACAAAACAGCAAACUAUUCAAAACCAUUUGUUCAACAGCUGCAGGAAAUGGGAGCUCAGGUAGCAAAAAGAUUCAAUAAACAUGUCACACAUGUAGUCUUUCACAAUGGACAUUCGGCUACAUGGAGGAGAGCUAAGGAAAGUGAUGUACGGCUCGUCUCUGUUCUCUGGGUAGGCAGAUGUUUUGAUGACGGUGUGCAUGCAGAUGAGGAGUUGUAUCCAGCCUUAAAUGAUGAAAGUAAUCCGCACAAGAGACAUCGUUGCAUGCAGCCAAAAGAUUCACCAGUGAGAACACCUCAGAAUGACUGGCGCAUGAGGAAGAAAUUAGAGAAGAUGAAGAAAGCCCUCCCUCCAGUAGAACCUCUGGUUACAGAUGUGUCGCCCAUCAUUAUUGAUGAAGAGAAUGGAAUAAUAUACAGCCCUUCAAUGAAAAGAUCAGAAUAUAUGGCAAAGCGUUUGAAAGACAUGAAAGAGAAUCAGAAAAACCUCUCACCCACAGAUUCGCAAAUGAAUAAAUCCUGCUCACCCAGCGAGCUGAAGCCUUCUCUUGGGAGCACGCCAACAUUCUUCAAAUUAAUGUGUAAGAAAAUGUUUCUUUCAAUCCAAAACUGCAGUCUUCUGCUCUGCAUUCAGACCACAAGCAACAACAAAUGCUCAGUUCUUCAAGAUGUUGUUGCCUAUGUUGAUGUGUGGUCAUCAGACAAAACAGCAAACUAUUCAAAACCAUUUGUUCAACAGCUGCAGGAAAUGGGAGCUCAGGUAGCAAAAAGAUUCAAUAAACAUGUCACACAUGUAGUCUUUCACAAUGGACAUUCGGCUACAUGGAGGAGAGCUAAGGAAAGUGAUGUACGGCUCGUCUCUGUUCUCUGGGUAGGCAGAUGUUUUGAUGACGGUGUGCAUGCAGAUGAGGAGUUGUAUCCAGCCUUAAAUGAUGAAAGUAAUCCGCACAAGAGACAUCGUUGCAUGCAGCCAAAAGAUUCACCAGUGAGAACACCUCAGAAUGACUGGCGCAUGAGGAAGAAAUUAGAGAAGAUGAAGAAAGCCCUCCCUCCAGUAGAACCUCUGGUUACAGAUGUGUCGCCCAUCAUUAUUGAUGAAGAGAAUGGAAUAAUAUACAGCCCUUCAAUGAAAAGAUCAGAAUAUAUGGCAAAGCGUUUGAAAGACAUGAAAGAGAAUCAGAAAAACCUCUCACCCACAGAUUCGCAAAUGAAUAAAUCCUGCUCACCCAGCGAGCUGAAGCCUUCUCUUGGGAGCACGCCAACAUUCUUCAAAUUAAUGUGUGACCAGUCAGAUGAUGAUUCUUGUGCUUCUGCUGCUGAAUGUGGUUACUUACCCAGUGCAGAAGAGAAGAUGCAAGUUGAUGUUACUGACCAUGUCCAUGUUGAAAAAUGGCACAGAAAAGGCUCUGAAAUACCUUCACCCUCACCUUGUCCUGAUGUACCAAAAUGGAUGUCAAGUCCUUUGAAAUGUCUUAACUUCAGUGACACAGAGGAUGAAGAAGAGAAUAGACCAAAAAAGUCAAGAAGGACCUCAGUCAGAAAAAAUCCAGCAGAGAAGCACAAAUCCACAGGCUUAUUAGAAAGUCCUUGUCAGGAGAGGAGCUCUGACAGUAGCAAGAGCUUUCAUAAAGACAAGGGGCAAUCACAGUUAAAAUGUUCUGGCCCAUCAUUUUACAAAUUUGACAAAGGAGACCGACAAUUUAAAGCAGACAUAUCCUUUACAAAGACUAAGACCCAGAUUUGUUCAGGUUCCCUCAACUAUUCUAGUUGCCUCUCAUCAUCAACCACGUUAACUGAUGCUGCAGUUGAACUGUCAAAAGAAACUGUUACUCCAGCUGAGGAAACACCCCAAAAAGCUACACCAUCACUUUCUACCUCAGCACAGUCUUUCAAUCGGUUUGAUGAAUCUGAAAGUGUUGUCUCAGGCUGUACUGUCAGAGACGAUUGUGUGUUUGAGGACUAUUUCUCCCCAGCUAACCACCACCAGAGAGUGAGAAGACCUCAUGUGCCUAAUCUAUGUGAGGAGAGUGACACUGAGAUUCCUUUUGAGUUGGCCGCUGUCCCAAAGAAGAGAAAACGAAGAAAUGAAAACACUGGAUCUGAAAACAGUAAAAAGAAGUCUAAGCUGGAAGAAAGUCUGUGUGGCAAAAAUGACAGUCAGCAGUCUGAUGCAAACAGUCGGUCUCAGAGUCAUCAACAUCAGGAUGUUAAAGAAUAUCUGCCUACACUGAAUAGUCCCCGUGCCCCCAGUGGAACUACAAAUGAUGCACUGAAACAGAGAAGAGCAUCUACAUCAGAACAACUAACAGUGUUAACAGAAGCUAAUAUGGUAUUGGAGCUGCAGAAAAACUCUGAUGUCAGUGUCCUUUCUCAGACUUUGAAAAGUAGAGGAAAUGAAUGUACAGUUGCAGCUGGUGUAACAGAGAUCCCCUCUGGUGACAAAAAGAGUCUCAGUAAGCAAGACAGCUUUAGUCUUCAGAAAACGGUGAAUAAAACAAAGGCUAUGAGAACAUUGGUCAUGACAAGCAUGCCCAGUGAGAAGCAGAACACAGUGGUUCAGGUGGUCAAAGUGUUGGGUGGUUUUUCAGUAGUUGACCGAGUUUGUGAGAGCACAACUCAUGUGGUGUCGGGAGGUCACCGGCGGACUCUCAAUAUUCUGUUGGGCAUCGCUCGUGGCUGCUGGAUCCUCUCUUUUGAAUGGAUUCUCUGGUGUUUGGAGCAAAGGCAGUGGAUUCCAGAGGAACCAUAUGAACUUUCAGACCAAUUUCCUGCAGCACAGAUUUGUCGUCUCCAGAGGCACCUGUCUGCCGGGGAGCACCAGCAAGACCUGUUCCAAAACCAGCCUGCCAUGUUUGUGUCCCAGCACUCCCAGCCGCCCACUCAGAGCUUGGUGGAGCUGAUCCAGCUAUGUGGAGGAACAAUCUGCAAAACUGUGCGGCAGGCAGGUAUCUGCAUAGGGAAGUACAGUGGCAGGAGGCCAGAGGGAUGCAGGAUCCUGUCUGAACAGUGGGUGCUGGAUUGUAUCACAUAUCUGAAGCAGCUGUCAUACGAUAAGUACGACUUGGAGUGAAAACUGAAACUUUGUUUGAACUGUGAAGUUUUUAAUUUUAUGCUGGUGGUGUCACUCAUACCGUAACUUUCUACCUUACUUCUGUUGUGGAGGUUUGUCUUUGUCUUGCUUUGCAAAUGUUUUCAGGGACUUUGCAUAAAUCCUCACAAAUGAUCUUGUUUCUUGUACUUUUGAGUGACCAUGAAAUCUCAAUACUCCUUAGGACUACUGUGAAACUGCCAUACUGAAAACUUGUCACUUUAUGUUCAUCCUUUUUAAUCCCCCCCACAGUCAAACCACUACUGUAUAACUGUGCUUUUCACAGGUCAUGAGACUGAGCCAGACUGUUUUUCCGUUAUAUUUGUUGAGCAAUACCAGCACUCUAAUAGAGCUAUCACACUGUAUUACUGAAAUGUUUCAUUGUCAUU